UANAUCGGCAUCUGUGCAAAUUUCGUUGUGGAGUCAGAAUUCUCAAUCUCAAGUUGCGAACGCUGCUGCUUUAUUAAUGCGUGGAUCAGUGACAGUUGAUUCAGGAUUGUCGUCACUUCAAGGAGCUUUUCAAUUCUCUGGUCAAUCUAUUGUUAAUUUCAACACUGACCUAGUGUUCAGCUCUAGUCCAUUUCAAAUGUGUUUACAAAUGGAUCAUCCUGACAUAGCGUUAAAGUAUGAUAAUCAUCGAAGUUUGAGUAUUAGUGGAUCGAAAUAUACUCUGAAGCAAACAAAAAGAAGGAAGAGAAAUAUUCCAAGCAAGUCGUAUGCUCUUCACGAAAGAAAUAAUGAACAGUGUCGGCAAUUGAAAUAGGACAUUAAAGAAAUUAUUAGUUUUAUCAUUGAAUUUUAUGUAAAUAAAUCACCACCAAACUGA